AUGUCUGGAAUUACAAGAUCCGUCUACCGGGGCGCAAAACCCUUUCAGAAUGCGCGACAAUUGUCCACUGUCGUUGCUAGUCGCAUCCCCAAAUCGUCUAUCGCUAUCACCGGUCUCCGAAAAUCAGUUCCGGUACAACAGCAGAGUGCCAGACCAGCAUUGCCCACUUACGCAAGAAAGUCCAUCAGAUAUGCUUCUUCCAGCAGCACAUCCCUAAGCCGCACGCAAUUGUAUGAUUUGCAUCUCAAAUAUGGAGCCAAAAUGGUGCCAUUCGCCGGCUUCGAUAUGCCGUUGCAAUACACCGAUCUUUCGCAUGCGGAGAGCCAUCAUUGGACAAGAGAGAAGGCCAGUUUGUUCGAUGUUAGCCACAUGGUCCAGCACCGUCUUACAGGUCCCGGAGCUCUCCCGCUUCUCAUGAAAGUCACCCCAUCGUCUCUCGACAAACUCGCCAACAACACCUCUACACUAUCCUGCCUCCUUGAAGACGGCACUGGUGGUAUUAUUGACGACACUGUUAUCACCCGACAAGGCCCCGAGGCUUUCUACUUUGUCACCAACGCCGGUCGACGAGAGGAAGAUCUAGCGUUCCUCACUGCCGAGAUUGAAGCCUACCGCACCGAACACGGCGCAGAUAGCAUCAAAUGGGAGAUCCUAAGUGACCGUGCCCUUAUCGCUCUCCAGGGACCAUUGGCACCGUCGGUCUUACAAUCAUACAUCUAUACCGGUGAAGGCGAAGACCCUGCCUUGACAGAUCUCAACACAUUAUACUUUGGUCAAUCACGAGAACUCUACCUCCAACUCCCGGACGGAAGCAAAACAGCCCAUCGCCUCCUCAUCUCCCGAACCGGUUAUACAGGCGAAGAUGGCUUUGAGAUCUCCAUCCCCACUUCCGACGGCGCCACCGAUCUACCCUACCAGGUCACCGAACUCCUGAUCUCGCAGCCUGACAAGUGUCGUCUCGCAGGUCUCGCGGCGCGUGACUCCCUCCGUCUUGAGGCCGGCAUGUGUUUGUAUGGCCACGAUAUCUCAACUGCCCAAACCCCUCCCACGGCCGCAUUGGGCUGGGUCGUCGGCAAAGAAAGACGUGACGAGACAUCCCCUGCCUCCAAAUUCAACGGCUCAUCUGUUAUCCUUGCUCAACUCGCGAAACCAUCCAAGAAUAUCUCCCAGCGUCGAAUUGGUCUCACUAUCGAAAAGGGUGCUCCAGCCCGUGAGGGUGCUAUCAUCGUUGAUCCUAGUAGUAUCACCGAAGAGAACAAGACGCCUACUCAGAUUGGUGUUAUUACCUCUGGGUUACCCAGCCCUUCACUCGGUGGUACCAACAUUGCGAUGGGGUAUAUAAAGAAUGGAUUACACAAGAAGGGCACCGAGGUCGCAGUCCUGGUGAGGAAUAAGUUGCGAAAGGCUACGGUUACGCCGAUGCCUUGGAUCGAGAGUAAAUUCCAUCGUCCUUCUUGA